GUACACUCCAUUUGCCACUGGGCCAAAAGAUGAUAUUGGUAGGAUUUUAAAGAAAAUAGAAGCUGGAGAUUUUAAUAUGAAUUCUGGGAAUUGGAUUAAUAUAUCCAGUAUUGCAAAAGAUUUAGUAGGGAAGAUGUUGGAUGUAAAUCCUAAAAGGAGAUGUCGAUCAUCUGAUGUUUUGCAACACAUGUUCAUUCGGGCUAGACGUUUCCUGCCCGAAUCGAAAUUAAAAUUCAAAGAUAUUCAAGCUGUAAAAGUAGCAGUAAAUGCAACAUUCCGAGCAAUGAAUAUUUCUCCACGAUCUCCAAAGCUGUUACCUGUUCAGGCAUCAGAGCUUGCCCGUAGACGUCAAAUUAAAAAAGGUUUCCAGGUUUAAGAAAGAUGUCUUCUCAAUUUCGCCUGUCACCUACUUGAUGCCAGGAUUGUGUAUUAAAAGCUAAAUUAGAUUACCUGAUAUUUUAAUUGUGGUUAGUCAUGCAGCAUUUUAAAAAUUCGCUGGUGUGUUUUUGCUCAAUGUGUUUAUGAAUUUGAUAUUUAUUUUUAAAUAGAUAUCAAUGCAUUCCUAAAUAUCAUUAGUAAUUUAGUGCCAGUCUUCUUAAAUUUACUUUCUAGAGAGAAAUUUUUAAAAUGUGAUCAAGCUUUUCUUAUAGAAAUUUGUAUAACAUAUGAAUAUAUUUUCCAGUGAACAUAUAUUAUUGUUAUAUUAAAUUUUAAGAGUUAAAAGAAAUCUUGUUCAAAGUAAAAAUGAAAUAUUUUACUCAGCGAAUAUUUAUAUAAAACUAUUUUUAUACUAAUGUUUUUAUGAGAAAUGAUACUGUUAAUAAUGACAUUCCAGAAAGAUUGAGUUACUGUUAAAAAGUGAAUGCUAAAAUUUUGAAGCUCAUUGCCUUCUUAUUUUAUUCUGAAUGCUGUUUUCUGGAGCCUAGAAUUCUUGGCUUUAUAAAGAAAAGAAAAGAAAAAAAAAAAAAAAAAAAAAAUCAUUUUUAGUGCCCUUUAGAAAUUUAGCCUAUGAUGAACGGUAUUUUGUUUCUGAAUGUUAAUUUAUAUGCUUUAAAAUGUCAUUCCAUUUUUACUUCAGUUAUUUUUUCUUUAAAUAAUUAUUUUAUGUUUAAUUAAAAUAUUUGCAUUUCUGGUGUGUAAUAGGUUUUUUAAAAAUUACCUUAUUUUUUGUAUAAUAGUCAUUGAUGUCAUGUGCAUGAAUGAUAAUAGUUGUUGAUGUCAUAAUGUGUGCAUGAAUGCAUAUUAUUAUCAUUCAAUCAUUCUAAAUUAUGCAUUUGUAAUUAGUUUUUUUAUCAAAAUAUUGCCAAAAUGUGAGUAUUGCAUCAGUUUUGAAAACUGUGUUUCAUUUACUGUAUAUUAAUGUGUAUUAUAUUUUAUAUUAUUUUUUUAGAAGUCUGUGAUAGUGUUGUCUUUUUUGUUUGUCUCUUUUAAUGCAUUUAUUGUUUAGGAUGAAUUUUGUAGCCCCCAGCACUUAUAAACUUUUCAUGCACAAUUUUGCCAAACAGCAUAGUCAAUUAACCAAGUCGUGUAUUAUCAAUGUACAAUUUGUAUAAAUAUUGUUAACAAAGUGCCAAAUGCUUGUAUUUGGAGCAUUUCUUUUUGUAAUAUUGUGAUUGUAAAAUAGUAGUCAAAUCAUGUUAUAGUUACUGUGUUGUUGACUUGUUAAUUCAUAAAAUCAUAACUUAAUAUAUUAAAACAUAUAUUUCUUACUGGUUUUGGGACCAAUAGAAUAAAGCAUUUUUAAAGUAAGUGGUUUAUUGAAUUUGAAAAAAUAUUAAAUAUCGAUGUGUAUAUAAGAAAAAAAUAUUA